AUGCUCAUCAUCCUGUACCCGGACUCGGCGGCCGUGCAGAAAGGCUGGUUCAGCUGGUGCAUGUCCGCGUCGAUCACGAUCCUCGCUGUCGUCCCCAACUGCGUGAGCCCAAGGACUGUCCGAUUUCUGCUUCGCUUGUGCGCGUACAGCACGUUCAUGCUGAUUGCGAUGUACUUGAUCUGGUUCCCGGUUGCGGCGUCGCGGCGGAAGGGGUUCCAGUCUGUUGAGAUCUUCACGACGUUUUAUAAUGGCAUCAACUAUGGGGUUGACGAGGAGGGCAAUACGGUGAAAGAAGCGAGCGAUAGCUAUUGCUGGGUGGUUGGUGUCCUGUUUGGUGCCUGGGAGUUUUAUGGCUAUGAUGCAUCCGUCCAUCUCGCAGAGGAAACCCACGAAGCAAGCUCCGUCGUCGCCAAAGGCAUGUGGAGCGGCACACUGGCAACCUGGGUCCUCUCCAUCCCCAUCCUCGCCCUGACCAUCCUCUGCAUGCAAGACUUCCAAGGGGUCGUCAACGGCGGCUACCCAAAUAACUUCGCAGAGUACUGUGUGCAACUGCUGGGUCGAAACGGCGCAUGUGCAUUCUUGUUCUUGAUCUGGUUCGACGGGAUCCUCUGCACGGCGGUUUGUGUCCUCAGCGCGCAACGGAUCACUUUCGCGAUUGCUAGAGACGGUAUCCUGCCGUGCAGUCGCUUCUUGAGCAGAGUCACCGACCGCCAUCAUCUCCCUGUCAACGCCGGUGUACUUGUAGCAGUGCUGUCCAUUGCGAUCAAUGCUGCAGUUAUUGGCUCGUACGUUGCAUUCUCGGCGUUGACGGCGGCAGCGACAGUGGGCACCAACUUGUCCUACCUGAUACCGAUUGUAGCACGACAAACAGUCGGCAAGAAGAAUUUCAAACCUGCAAAGUGGCAUCUAGGACGCUGGUCGCUCCCUGUCAGCUGUGUUGCGGCCGGAUACAUCAUGUUCCUUUUUGUCGUGCUGAUGCUUCCGCAAAUUUACCCUGUCACUGCGGAAACGCUGAACUACUGCCCUGUGGUCAUUGGAAGUAUUGCUAUCAUAGCACUGGGCGGCUGGUUCUUCCCUUUCCAGCUGGGUGGGAGGUAUUGGUUUGCAGGACCAAAGCGGACAAUCAGUGAGGUGGAAGUGCGUGAGGCGAGGGUGAAGCGUGAUGAUCAGAGUUAA